AUUCCGGAUGAGCAACGAGUGGCCCUAAACACCUCACUCACAAUAACCCCCCUUCACUCCCCCCGGAUCAAAUCGAGUUCAUCAAACUCUUAAACCCUGCGUAAACCCCUGUUUUGGCCAAACAUUUAUAUUUUCUUUGUGUUUCAAUUCAAGAUGGCUACUUUGUCUAGGUUUGUUGUCAAAGAUUGCAAUUUUCAUAAACAUCAUGCCGUGUGUAGAACAUCAUCGUCUUUGGUUCCUUCCAGAACGCUACGGAGAGCUCAUCUGGAUGUUAGAGCUGGCAUUUCUUUGCCUGAGAAUGGAAAAGGUUUUGCAAUUCAACGUAAGCCAAGUGGUCCCCUUGUUUCUCUUGCAGCUCCUGCCUCGAUAACUCCUGCUUCAAGGGAUCCCCAAGUUAUCUGCAAUGCUGCUGCCAAUGUAUCCGGAGAUAUUCCUACACCAAGUGGGAUGAGCAAGUAUGAGAGAAUAAUUGAAACUUUGACAACUCUUUUCCCUGUGUGGGUUAUUUUGGGAACUAUUAUCGGCAUAUACAAGCCAGCUGCGGUAACAUGGUUGGAGACAGAUCUUUUCACUGUUGGACUAGGUUUCCUCAUGCUUUCAAUGGGUUUGACAUUAACUUUUGAGGAUUUCAGACGCUGUCUACGGAACCCCUGGACUGUAGGUGUAGGAUUUCUUGCUCAGUACCUAAUCAAGCCUUUUCUAGGAUUUGUCAUUGCAAUGACUUUGAAACUGUCUGCUCCACUUGCAACUGGUCUUAUCUUGGUCUCAUGUUGCCCUGGCGGUCAGGCAUCAAAUGUUGCAACCUAUAUAUCUAAGGGGAAUGUAGCACUUUCCGUUCUCAUGACUACGUGUUCAACUAUUGGAGCAAUAGUUAUGACACCACUCCUUACAAAGCUUCUUGCUGGUCAGCUUGUUCCUGUUGAUGCUGCGGGUCUUGCUAUAAGCACUUUUCAGGUUGUGUUAGUACCUACAGUUGUUGGAGUCUUGUCCAAUGAAUUCUUUCCCAAAUUCACUUCAAAGAUUAUCUCAGUGACUCCAUUAAUUGGAGUUAUUCUCACUACCUUACUUUGUGCAAGCCCUAUUGGCCAAGUGUCUGACGUCUUGAAAGCCCAAGGAGCUCAGCUAAUAUUGCCUGUAGCUCUCCUACAUGCUGCUGCAUUUGCCCUUGGUUACUGGGUUUCAAAAUUAUCGUUUGGGGAAUCCACUUCUCGUACCAUAUCCAUAGAAUGUGGAAUGCAGAGUUCAGCACUUGGUUUCUUGCUUGCCCAGAAACAUUUCACCAAUCCCUUAGUAGCUGUUCCUUCUGCAGUUAGUGUUGUUUGCAUGGCGCUGGGAGGGAGUGGCCUUGCUGUGUUUUGGAGGAACCGACCAAUUCCCGUGGAUGAUAAGGAUGAUUUCAUGGAAUGAGUGUUUUUCCAAUCUCAUUUUUAGGCAACUUUUCUUUUACUUUUGAUUUCAAGGGGAAGCCCCUUGUUGCGUGGAUUUAAUAUAAUAUAUUUUUACUCUCAGGUGAAUUUUGAACAUGGACAUAUCAACUUUUCUUUUUCAUUUAGAGAAUACUAGGUGAAAGUUGGGAAAUUAAUUUUCAAUUGUAUUUUUCUUUUUGAUAA